AGAGAAGGAGGAGACUCCCCAAAAAAUCCCAAGAAAUGCCCAAAUUAAAGAAGGAUUCGUCAUGAAUCGAUGCAUGAUCUCAAAUUCGUGAUCAUCUAAGCUUAACAAGCAUAAGAGAGAGAGUAGUGAGAGAAAGGUGGCUUUGAGCAACAAGUAUGGAGGGUAAGGAAGAAGAUGUUAAGCUAGGAGCCAACAAGUUCUCAGAGAGGCAACCCAUUGGGACCUCAGCUCAAACAGACAAAGACUACAAGGAACCACCACCUGCACCCUUGUUCGAGCCAGGUGAGUUAUCAUCAUGGUCUUUCUACCGAGCCGGUAUUGCAGAGUUCAUAGCCACUUUCUUGUUCUUGUACAUCUCUGUGUUGACUGUCAUGGGUGUGGUCAAAUCCCCCACAAAGUGUGGCACUGUUGGUAUUCAAGGAAUUGCUUGGGCUUUUGGUGGUAUGAUCUUUGCACUUGUCUACUGCACUGCUGGUAUUUCAGGAGGACACAUCAACCCAGCAGUGACUUUCGGUUUACUACUAGCAAGAAAACUGUCUUUAACCAGAGCACUAUUCUACAUGGUGAUGCAGUGUCUUGGAGCCAUCUGUGGUGCAGGUGUGGUCAAAGGGUUCCAGGGCAAGCACCAGUACACAGCUUUAGGGGGUGGAGCCAAUGUUGUGGCUCAUGGUUACACCAAGGGUGAUGGUCUUGGUGCUGAGAUUGUUGGGACCUUUGUGCUUGUCUACACUGUUUUCUCAGCCACUGAUGCCAAAAGAAGUGCCAGAGACUCACAUGUCCCUAUUUUGGCUCCACUCCCAAUCGGGUUCGCUGUUUUCUUGGUCCAUUUGGCCACCAUCCCCAUCACCGGAACCGGAAUCAACCCUGCGAGAAGUCUCGGUGCAGCCAUCAUCUACAACAAGGACCAUGCUUGGGAUGACCAUUGGAUUUUCUGGGUCGGUCCCUUCAUUGGAGCUGCACUUGCGGCGCUGUAUCACCAGAUUGUUAUCAGAGCCAUGCCGUUCAAGAGCCGGUCUUAGAAAAAAUGAAAAAAAAAAUUGUAUUUCUUUCAUUUGUUGUUGUAUGCUAUGGAUUGUUGUUGUACUCUACCAAAAUGUGGAUUUAGUGUUUUUUUUUUUUUUUUUCUAGCUUUUGGUUGAUGAAUCAUGAGUGUUUGUAAAUUACCCAUCUACCCCUGAGUUGGUAUUGUGUUACGUUAAGUUUUAAAAAAUGAGCUCUUGUAGCCUAUUUUUUUUUUUAA